AUGAUGGAAUGGGCAUGGGACGGUUAUGCAAAAUAUGCUUGGGGCGAUAAUGAAGUAAAACCGGUCAGCAAACUUCCUCACAGAUCAUCUGUUUUUGGCGGUGGCAAGUUUGGUACGUUGGCUACAGUUUGUUUGUCUGUGAGAGUUGUGUCACUUUUAACGGUAAACCCUUUAUAUGAUCAGCAUAUAAUUCUUUUGGAAAUGUUAUUAGAUUUCAUUAUGCAAAUGCCUGCUGUUCAUCAGUGUGGUGCAACGAUUGUUGAUUCGCUUGACACCCUGUAUAUAAUGGGUCUGCAAAGUCGCUUUGAAAAGGCUACGGAAUGGGUCCAAACGUCGUUGGAUCUCAGUCGUGCAGGCAGCACUUUGUCCGUUUUUGAAACCACCAUCCGCUACAUUGGAGGAUUGCUGUCAGCUUACGCCCUGAGUAACAACCAGAUGUUUGUCGAGAAGGCAGUUGCUAUAGCGGAUCUGCUUCUUCCAGCCUUCAACACACCUACCGGCAUACCAUAUGGAUAUCUUGAUGUCAUAAGAAAAACCGGAAAAAGCGCUAGUUGGGCUACAGGAGGAUCGUCCAUACUGUCAGAGUUUGGAACCCUCCACAUGGAAUUCGAAUAUCUGUCAUACGUCACAAAGAACCCUAUUUAUUAUGAAAAGGUAAUCAACAGUAUAUCACUCAUUGCGCCAACCAAACUGCACACACAAUAUCAUUCACUGGUUCUUGUUCCGCUCAUUCCGUCACCCCUUUAUUUGUUCCUACAUGUCUGUUGGUAAAC